AUGGAUGAUGUGAUGUGGGGAGUGAACGUGACUGAUAACUCGGGGAUGAUAUCGGAUGAGACAGCCAGGCUACCAAGCCUUGAGGACGGGAAGCAGUACAAGUUCCCAGGCGCGCUUGAGAGUGUUAUGCAGGAGGAAAAACUGGUCUUGGAGUGCGCAGCCAAGGAGUACCUCCUACGGAUGUCUAUCAUUUGGACAAGUCCUUUGUCCGACCACAAUCUUGUGACCACUUCAAACCAGUUUGCCUUGCCGGUGUUUGGUUAUCUUAAAAUGUGAACGCAACAGUGGCAGAUAAUGGAUAUACAGGAGAUCGGCGGGAAAGCUCAGAAGAUUGUUAAUCAGAACGGGGAAAGGGGCCCCUGUGGCUCGAAUGCGAUAUUUUACCGACCUCGAGAGAAGGGGAUAGAGAUUUACGUUCGGUAGAGAAGGAAUAUAAAGCCACGAAGAUUAAGGGUGCGGUUAGACUCAAUUGUAAUGAAGAUCCCGCCAUACAAAUGAUGCGAGAGUUUGAAGAGCGAGCGGGAAAGGAACGAACGUUCAUGGUUAAAGAAGCGUUUAGUUUUGCGAAGGAGCUGGGAGUCGAGCUUAAUCUCGAGCAUCCCCGUACAGUCAAGACAGAACUGUGAAAGUGUCAAGUAAAGAGGCUGGAAGAGGAACUGAAGUUAGAAAUCAGCGAUGGCGGGGAAGUCUAGUUACAACUAGGUUAAAGGACGAGAAGUUGACUGCUAUUGGAUGGCUUUGGUGGCUGACAGAGUGGAAGUCCUGUCAAAACACACAAUCACCGGCACGUUUGGGCUGUACAAACAACUGUUACCAACUCGAUUACAUGCAAGUCAGAAGACCCAUACAAGUUCGGAGGGCGAGGCGUGGUGCAGGUUUUGUGGUAAGGCCCCAGAAAGUGUGGCUAACAUCUUGUCUGGGUGCCGUGCGCUGGCACAGAGCAAGUACCUUUCCUGACACGACUCAGGUACUUUUCUACGAGAUGCUGCAUGAUCUGGGACUUAUAGAUGAAGUUUCACCCUGAUACUCUCCAGCCAAGCCAAGGCCUGUAUACGAGUCGGAUGACGUACAAGCUUACUGGGACGUGACAGUUUUUGCAGAUCAUGAAGAGGUGAGAUGCAACAGAGUUGACGCCCGAAUGGUCAACCACAAAACCAAGUGGGUCAUUACCCUCGAAAUGAGCUGUCCGUGGGUCAACAACAGAGAAAAGAAGAGCGAAGAGAAGACGGUAAAGUGUGCAACCCUACGUUGGCAAUUAAAACAACAGUUUCCUGGUUACGAAAUGAAACAACACAACAACAUCAUUGAUGCCCUC